AUGCGCGUUCCUAUUGCCGUGCAGUUGGGGCUGCUGGUCCUCUUGACGGCCCUGGCUGGUCUGGCGGCUCUAGCCAUCGCAACGUGGAUUAACAACUACAACUUCGUUGUUGGCGUCAAAUCCAAAAGCCUCGAACUCGUCGCUACGAUCAAGUCCAGUCAGAUCGCCGGAAAUCUUGACCUGCUCGAGACGACAUGCAAGACAAUCAUUACCCGCAUCCUCCUCCAGUCCACCCUCGAGAGUUACUACGCCGGCAAUACAAGCAAUGGACUAUGGGACUCGUCGAUCACUGACGUGCAAUCCGCUUUGGGGACUCGUGGGUAUCUCAGCCUCUACCAAGCGAGCGUCUAUGCGAGAGGCGUCGAAGAUGGGGAAACAACAGCGCGGCGAUUGAUAAACGUUACGAGCGAUGAUGUCCCUGAAAUCAGGCUCCCCUACAAUCAUCCGAACGGCACUGCGGUGAUGCUUGGAGAUGACGGACUCGGAUACCCACCCUCGCUCUAUCCAAACCUGACCGAAAAUGCGACCUCGAACGGGGUACGCGCUUUUGGGACUGUCCCGGUUACAAUGAACCAGCCGUUACUUCUUGGGCCGCUCGCAACGAAUGACUCUUUCUCGCUUGUGUCUUUGUCGGUGCCGAUCAUCAAUAAUACUUCGGCUGCGGAUAUCCUGGGCUACAUCACUGUUGUUGCGAGCGCCGCCAACUUGCAGGAUGUGGUGAAAUCUCGUCAAGGCCUUGGAGACACCGGUCAAGUUCUCCUGCUUUCCCCCUCGAGGCCAGAGAAUCGUUUCCCUACCGGCUCGCGACCAGGCACGCCAACAUCAGAUCCUCAGAUUAGCGGUCUGGAUGAACAACAAGUACAUUAUGUGUUCGCGCCGACGCCGUUGCCAGGAAACAAGAGGAGACACAGCGUCGCUGUCGCCAACGGGGAGUCGUUUCCAUUACGCGACUAUCCCAUCGCGCUGAAUGUCUUGAGCAAGCCCUAUGCAUCAAUCAAUCACUCAAUCACCAAUCUCUCGUCAAGAAAUGAGAACGAUAGUCAUGUCGCUGUCGGCGCGAUUCAGCAGCGGUCUGACUUGGUGGAAUGGGUGCUGAUUAUCGAAGAAACGCACGCAGAGGCAUUCGCUCCUGUUUCCCGUCUGCGAAAUAUUAUCUUAGCUUGCGUAUUUGGUGUAGCAGGCGUGAUUGCUUUGCUCAUUCCACCGCUUGCCCAUAUAUCAGUUGCCCCUAUUCGCAGACUCCGCGAGGCGACGCGAAAAUCAGUUAAUCCCACGAUUGGGCCGCUGAGUCCGUCCCCGUCGACUAUGAUUGAUCCUAUCGAAGUAGCGAUGCAGAACGACAACGAGAAGAGCGGGUUCUUCAGCCGGCUUCGACGCGGUCGAAGCGAUUCAGCGAAUGACCGUCAUCGCGACCACGAGUCGCAUCAAUUCCAGAUCCCUAGCCGAGUCAAGGAGCGUAAACAUCUCAUUAUGGAUGAAUUGACAGACCUGACGAGCACGUUCAACGAAAUGUCCGACGAGCUUGUGAUCCAGUACAAUCGACUCGAAGAGCGAGUGGCGGAGCGCACUCGUGAGCUUGAGAAAGCCAAGAUAGCGGCGGAAACGGCCAACGAGAGCAAAACACUAUUCAUUGCCAACAUAUCUCACGAGCUUAAAACACCGCUGAAUGGAAUUCUUGGGAUGUGCGCCGUUUGCAUGGGCGAGGACGAUCUCCCACGAAUUAAGAAGUCGCUCCACACUGUAUACAAGUCGGGCGACCUGCUUCUGCACCUGUUGAACGACCUACUUACCUUUAGCCGGAAUCAAAUCGACCAAGCCAUUCGGCUGGAAGAGAAAGAGUUCAAACUCUCGGACAUUCGGUCGCAGUUGAAUAUCAUCUUCCAGAAUCAGGUCCAAGAGAAACAGAUUUCAUUCAGUAUCAAGUUCUGCCAUCCGGACACUCCCCGGCUCAGCGACUCCGCGAAAGCUGCAUCUCGCACGGCUGGUGCUGUAUACGGCCCACCAGGAACGGCCAGGUUGAAAGACAUGGUGCUUUGGGGCGAUCAACACCGCAUCUUACAAAUCCUUAUCAACCUUGUGAGCAACAGUCUCAAGUUCACGCCGGAAGAGGGCAUCGUCGCAAUACGCAUCAAAUGUCUCGGCGAGGAGCAUACGCGUCCCAACAGCCCGAGACCUGAAUCAAAAGCCCUCUCACGCUGGCGAUCCAGAGGGUCCUCUCACGCCAGCUCGCGCCCUAGACCAUCCAUCGAUCUCCCAAAAGACGGCGGGGACGACAAUCAAGCGCGCCCUUCGAACAUGCGCACGCUCAUCCUCCAAUUCGAAGUCGAAGAUACCGGUCCCGGGAUUCCCCACCACCUCCAAAAUCGCGUAUUCGAGCCUUUCGUGCAAGGUGACCUUCGACUCAACCGAAAGUACGGGGGCACUGGCUUGGGUCUGAGUAUCUGCAUGCAGCUCGCCAGGCUCAUGCGUGGCCAGAUCCUGUUAGACAGCGAGCAAGGACGAGGGACGCUAUUUUCCGUUCGAAUUCCGCUGGGCUUCGUCAAAGAGUCGGCGCCUAGCACUUCUAGCUCGAUGACGAGUGUGGCUCCUUCACGUACCUCAAGUGUUUUCUCUUUGAAUGAUCUCGCAACUGUUGCAAAGGCGCCAUCAAAUCAUAGCGUAGCAUCUCAGCAUGAGUCUACGCAGAGUUCUGAGAAGCAGGAUUCACAGCCUCGCUUGGUUGGUUUGAGUCAGCCAUUCUUUGCACCGGCUGUGCGUCCGGCCGAGGACGAUGGGCCAAGGAAGAUAAGGGCCUUGGUGGCUGAGGAUAACGUAGUCAACCAGGAGGUUGUUACGAGAAUGCUGGCUUUAGAAGACGUAUACGACGUGAUUGUGGUCAAAGACGGCCAGGAAGCCUAUGACACAGUAAAGGCGAAUAUGGAGGAGGGCAGAGUGUUUGACUUGAUUUUUAUGGAUAUUCAGAUGCCAAACCUCGACGGCAUCGAGAGCACUCGCCUCAUCCGCCAAAUGGGUUACUCGGCGCCGAUUGUCGCGCUGAGCGCAUUCUCGGAAGACAGCAAUAUCAAGGACUGCAUGAACUCGGGGAUGGACAUGUUCAUUAGGUAUGUUUCGCCGAGGAAGCUCUAG